AUGAAAUUGAGAGUAGCUUACAUUCCAGAACACUUCUCCACUCCUUUGUUCUUUGCAGAACAGCAAAAAUAUUUUCAAGAUAAGGGCUUGGAAAUUGAAUUUGUUGAAGUCCUUGAAGGUACUGGAAGACUCAUCAAGCUUCUCAACGAGAAAGAGGUUGAUGUAGCCAUCGGUUUGACCGAAGGAUUUGUAGCAGACUUAGGGAAGGGUAAUGAAACUUAUAAAAUUGUGGACACUUAUGUCAAAUCUCCGUUAUGUUGGUCAAUUAGUACUGGGAUCGACAGAGCUGAUAUUACUAAUGCUAACGAUUUACAAGGUAAGAAGAUUUCAGUGUCUAGAAUCGGCUCAGGCUCUUACAUUAUGAGUUUUGUCUUGGGCCACCAAUUAAAUUUCCCUAGUCCCUUUUUCUCUGGUUAUCCAAUUAGACACAAUUUCAAGAAUUUAAGAGACUCUGUGAAUUUGGUAGGAGAGGAUUCUUCCGAACAUAGUGAAGCUUUCAUGUGGGAACAUUUCACUUCUAAAAAAUAUUACGAUAACAAAGAAAUUAAGAAAAUUGGUGAGAUAUACACACCAUGGCCAUCAUGGGUUGUUACUGUCAGAAAAGAAAUUUUAGAUUCUCAUUACGACGAUGUUAAGAAUUUUGUGGGGUCGAUCAAUAAGGGAAUUAAAUAUUUCCAAGCUAAUAAUGGUGAAGCAGUACAACACAUUGCUACUAACUUAGAUUACAGUGAAGCUGAUGCGACUGAAUGGUUGAAAACUGUAACAUUUAACGACUCUAUUGGAGAGGCUUCACUUGAUUGGGAAUCUGUAGUUAAGAAGACAGCCGAUAUCUUGAAGAUUGCUGGUGUAUUAACUGACGAUGAAGAUGUCAUUAGUCAAAGAUUAGAAAACGGUGUGAUCAAGAAAUUGUGA